ACGCUGCCGCCUGGACGCGCCUGUCAUCUGGAGGAAACUCCUCCCCGCAGACAGCGCGUCCUGUCGCCUCUCCAGCGCAAUGGUCUCCUGGAUCAUCUCUAGACUUGUGGUACUUGUGUUUGGUACACUAUAUCCUGCAUAUUCAUCUUAUAAAGCUGUGAAAUCAAAAGAUGUGAAAGAAUAUGUGAAAUGGAUGAUGUACUGGAUAAUAUUUGCCCUAUUCACGUCUGUGGAAGUAUUUUCAGAUAUGUUUCUUUGUUGGCUUCCUUUCUACUAUGAACUGAAGAUAGCCUUUGUGGUUUGGCUGUUAUCCCCUUACACUAAAGGCUCUAGUGUGCUGUACAGGAAGUUUGUUCAUCCCACACUUUCCUCAAAAGAAAAGGACAUUGAUGACUACAUCUGCCAAGCCAAGGACAAAAGCUAUGACACACUGGUGCAUUUUGGGAGGAAAGGGCUGAACGUUGCAGCCACAGCUGCAGUCAUGGCUGCAACAAAGGGUCAAGGAGUCCUGUCAGACAGACUGAGGAGUUUCAGCAUGCAGGAUCUGUCUUCCUACCAGUCUGACCCCACUGACACCGGUCUUGGCACUACGCAGCCUGCGGCAGCACAGCAUCGGACCAGAACUAUGAUGCGCAGCAAGUCAGAGAGCUACAACAAAGAACAGGAUUUUGACAUGACUGAGUAUGAGGUGUUGCGGCUGGACCAAUGGGACUCCAAGGAGUCGCUGUCCCAGGCCAUUUCACCUUCUGAGUCUGAGUCCACACCCAUUACGCCCUCACUGACACCCCAGUCCAGCCCACCCUCCACGCCCUCUCCGCCUCCCACUCCUCCAGUACCGGAGCAGCCUGAGGAGGUGGACAAAGGGGUGCAGGCAGCGUUGAACUCUCCGCAGCUCAGACUGAUUAAGAGGAAGGCUCCUGAGAUCCACCAUCCUGCUGCACCGAACAGCGGGUUUGUGGUUGAGAGCUUCAGCCAGGCUAUGGAAGUCAGAAACCUCCUCUUAGAGUCUUAAGGCCUCUCACAAGAUCCAGGAGUGCUCUUUCUUCGAACAAUGAAGCCAUGUGAAACUAUCCUCAAGACUACUCCAGCUGCCUUCGCUGCAAGAAGUAAAAAUACUGAAUGGCCAAAAGCUACAUGACUGAAGCAGCCUUGCUUUGGAAUAAGGUAUUACCAAAGUGACCUAUGAUGACCCCUCUAAAUAUAUAGUAUAAAGCUUGUGGCUCAUGAUUAAAUAAAUGAGGGUUUGUGAUACUGAGUUAGGAAAAAUGAGUGAAUGGGCUCCAUGCUGAUAAGACACUUUGAGUUUGUGGGUUAUUGAAUAUGUAUGUACAGUUUGUGUGUAUUUCAUCUUUCUGAUUUGAUUGUUUUUAUAUAUCAGGUGUGGGUAGGCAAUCGCAUGCGUGUCUUCCCAGUCAUUAGUCUGCUGUUUAUUAAACAGAAUGUACUGUCACUAAAUACUACAGCUGUUAGAGAAUGUGUUACAAGCCAAGGAUCAAAAGAAAAGACGAGGCUUUUUUUUUUUUUACCCUCAUUUUGUCUGUUCUGGAUAAACAUCUGAGAGCAGCUGAAUUCUGCACUGGUUAAUUAUCACAUCAAGAUAUUGAGAAAUCAGCCGAUUACCCCAAAACAAAAAAAACAACCUCCCUUAUAACAAUGAAAAGUCAGAAAGAAGUGGCAGACAAUAUUCUGUUAUUUACCUCUCUAUUAAAGCCUUAAAGAAAGAGAUAGCAGACAUGAAAAUAUAAAAUGUCUCUACACAUAAUAUAAGUAUUUCUAACACAACUAUGUUCUCAUUAAACAAUCAUCUUUGCACUAUCUUUUGAAUCUAAAUUACUGCCCUCGCUGCUCAAAUGGCCAAAAAUGACAUCAAACUAUAAUCAUGACAAAUUAGUAGCUGAAUAUUAUCAUGAGUAAUUUUCAUUGCUGUUAAUUUCCUCUGUGGUAAAGAAAUAAUUACUUGUGUAAGAAGUAAUAACAUUAGAAUCAGAGAUAAAUUUAAAAAAAAAUUUUAUUACCACAAGAGGUUUUCUCAGUGGAACGGACUGUUUUUGACAAUCUACUGUUCAGUUUCUAAACGCAUUCUGUCAUUUAUUUGACAAAUGAUUUGGCAAGUUAAGGCCAAUUAGGAAUAUGUCACUUUUAGCUGUAGCAGAAAUGGAUAUGACAUGAAUCAAUAUUUACUCCGUAUAAACAUGGUUCUUUGUCCAUGUUUGAAAUCACUGUGUAACGUUUUGCUGUUAACUGAGCAACAGUAGACCCAACAAUCUUACCUUCUACUUGCUUCUGCUAUUCCAUAGGAAUUCAUGAGAGAGACUAUACUGGUUUGCAGGUUUACAAACUUACAUUUACGUUAAUAUUGCGUGGUGAUGCAUUGUAUGUCUUCAUCCUGUACUUUAUUCACUGAUCGUGAAUCAUAGCAGCAUUUUACACAAAAUAUCACUGUGUUGGUUCUUGAUGGCUGAAUUUACGCAGUAGAUUUAUAAUUUUCAUCAUUGUAUCUGUAUCAUUUUACGGUGGUUUGAAGUUUGAAACAAAAGCUUCUCAGGUACAACUGUUCUGUUUACACGUCAUACACUCUAAUGUUGUAGAUACACUUGUUAUGCACAUAAAAUGUCCUUUUAAUGGAUAUAUGGGAAAAAAAAUUAAACCGGAAAAAUCUGAUUGUGUUUCAGAGUUAGUAAUAUCAGUGUUAGUGUUGGAGGUGAUUUCCUUCUGUUAAAAGUCAUGCAAAGUAAAACUGAGGAAAAAAAAAACAUGUUGCUAAUUAGCAGAUUUAUAUACAUGUGCGUAGACUGAUAAACUCAUCAUUGCAUGAUAUUUGUUAUUAAUUUGUAUGAAAAUUGGAUUUCUUCAGCCAUUUUUCUGUGAAGCUUCAGAUUUCUUGCUGGUAAACAAUUACACAAUUUUGUUUUUGUCAUUUUCAAUUGCUUUAUAGAAAGAACAUGAAAUGUUAUAAGUUGGCUAUACAUACAUGAAAAUGACAUGUCUUAUUUACUGGUAAAUUACUUUGGCUUUAUACAUAAAGAGACGCCAUUUACUAACUUAUCUUAAGAAAUUUAGUUCUGGCAGGCCAGAAUGUCAAAUUACUUUUAAACUUGAUUGCUAAUCAUAAACUAAAAGUAGUGAUGUGAUGACAUGAUGGUUUAUGGCUGUCAAUUGUUCCACUGGAUUAAAUAUUUCUGUUGAAAUUGACUUACAGUCAUUAAAUAUCAAG